CCACCUCAAAGCAAGGCCGACCGAAGACGGGUGUCCUGGGGCAGCUGAGGAGAGCCACCACCAUGGUCACUGCGCUGCUCUUGCUGGGCCUUUCGGCCCUGUUUGCUCCAUCCAUGAGCUACAGUUGCUAUGGCGAUAUCAGCGCUCUUCAGGCACCCACAAUUUCCUGCACAGCCGUAAGAGCCCAGGACUGUGGCCUUGCUGCUCUGAGGAGGACGGUGGAAGCGGAUGUCAUCCGCCUGAGGAGAUACGAGGUGCCCAUUAAGAGAGUGGCCAGAAGGCUGUGCUUGGACCCAGCUCUCAUCGCAGCCAUCAUCUCUCAGGAGAGCCGUGCUGGCCUGCUGCUGGACAACGGCUGGGACCAGGGCCGGCAGCGGUACGGCCUGAUGCAGAUUGACAGGAGGUAUUAUCAGCCCUUUGGGAUGUGGGACAGCGAGGAGCACAUAAACCAGUGUUCGAGCAUGCUGGUGGCAGGAAUCAACGAAGUGAGGGCAAGGCACCCUGCCUGGAGCUGGGACCAGCAGCUGCGAGGGGGAAUUUGCACCUACCAUGCAAGAGCCGGCAACCUCCAGAUCUACGAUGAAGACCCCUGCAGCAGAGACAACAACUAUGUCAACAGCGUGAUCAGGAGGGCCCAAUACCUCAAGAGAAACGGGUUCUAGCUCAGUGACUCCCUGCCGCCGAGCCUCCGCUACAUGUAGACUAGCCCAGUAGUGACAGUAGUACCCAGAGCCUCUCCACGGACCUGGCAGGACUGACGUGACUCAGAGGGACAACGCACCACAAUCCGGAGGCCUUUAGGAGUCAGAUAGUGACAUCCAAGCGAUGCUAAGGUGUUGGGUGAGGACGCUCCUUGUAUCAGGAGCUGAACCUGGGGCUGUUCGUGCAUCUCCCAGGUGUGGAUGCAAACAGCUCUCCCUCAGCAUGGGCUGUGCUGGCCCUGUUCUCUCUAAGAAACAGGAGGGAUAACCCCUCAAGUUUCCUCCCCUUUGGUAGUGCUGGCUACUUCCCAAUGAAAAGGCUCAUCUCUGAGUCUUCCAUCGCUCCAUACACACCUGUCCCAGGAGCUAUGUCACAGCAUUAGUGCUGGCAACAAUGUCACCACCUUCUCUGCUUUGCUUUUAGAGCGUUUGUGCUGGAGCCUUCCAAGUUUAAAAGCAUUCCAGCUUCUGUCCCUCUGUCCUGCCAGUUUGCCUGACUUCUAAUUAGGAGUGGGUUAGCUCUGGGUUUGUAAACUGUUUGAAAGUACUUUUCAAUGUGGAUGGCUCUGGAUGCAAAUUUAGGUUUACUGAGAAUCAAAAUAAAGAUAAAUGUUGAAUUCCAA